GAUUAGAUCAAUUCGUUAUUGUUUUUUUCUGAUACUCAUAUCAUUUAAUCAUUAUAAGACCAAAAGGAAUCACGUAGACUGUUUUUAAGAGCGAUUGUCGUGUUAUAAGCAAUACCGGGCUUGAUUGUUAAUCAUACUGUUGUUUUAUUCCACGGCAUGAUGUCGUUGACCGGGAUAAUUUUUUUGACUAUUUUUAUAAUAUCUACGACGCAAGGAAUUCCAUAUUUUUCGGAAAUUCCUGCAUUGUAUGAUUUACCAGAAGUGCUUCGUGAUAAUGCGAAUGUGACUUACCGGCUUCCUGACAAUGUAGUACCAAGUCAUUAUAGGAUCAAACUGAUCCCAGAUUUACAAAAUUCUUUUACUUUUACUGGGUCAUCAAUAAUAGAGAUUAAAGUUAUAAAAACAACUAAAACAAUAGUUCUACAUGCUCAAAAUAUCGAAAUUACCGGAAAAAUUUCACUAACUAAUGUAGCUGAUGCGACUCAAGCUCAAGAAACGGAGACACAUUCAAUAGAAACCACAAAUAAUUUUUUAACAAUAACAUUCCCGAAGGAUAUAGCAGUAGGUAGCUAUAAUUUGACUUUGGCAUAUAAGGGUGAAAUUAACAAUUACUUGAGAGGUUUUUACCGAGGAAACUAUACAGAUGGAUUAGGCCGGAAUAGGUCGAUAGCUUCAACACAUUUUGAACCUGUUGGUGCUCGGUUGGCCUUUCCAUGUUGGGAUGAGCCAGCAUUGAAAGCCUAUUUCACGAUAUCGAUAAGACACAAUCGAGAUUACACCGCAUUAUCAAAUACACAGUUAAAUACAUUGCAAACUGUUGAAGAUAAUGACAAUGAAGUGUGGAGUAUUUUUAAAACAACUCCAAAGAUGUCAACUUAUCUCGUUGCUUACGUUGUCGCAGACUUUGAUCAUUUGUCGAAUGAAAAUGAUCAGUCAUUCAGAGUAUGGGCAAGAAAAAAUGCGAUCAAUCAUGGAAUGUAUGCAGUAGAUGUGGGACUGAAAGAGUUAACGGCUCUAGAAAAAUAUAUUGGUAUAACAUUUAAGAGCCAUGGGCUUACUAAAAUGGAUUCUAUUGCAUUGCCUCAAUUGUCGGCUGGAGCUAUGGAGAAUUGGGGUUUGGUUACAUAUCGAGAAAAUGGCCUUCUUUUUAAAGAGAAUGUUAGUUCUCUUUACGACAAAGAAGGAAUUGCUAAAGUUAUUUCACACGAAUUUGCUCAUCAAUGGUUUGGUAAUUUAGUUAGCCCAAAAUGGUGGACUUAUGUCUGGCUCAAUGAAGGUUUCGCUAAUUAUUUCCAAUAUGUUAUUACUGAUAUGGUUGAAACUGACUGGCGUUUGAUCGAAAGAUUCGUUGUAGAAAACUUACAAAAUAGCGCUUUUGGAGCGGAUAGUUUGAAUACCAGUCAUCCGAUGGAUGUCAAUGUAUUGAGCCCAAAAGAAAUUACCUCCAUUUUUGAUAGUAUUACUUACAGCAAAGCUGCAUCUGUUAUCCGUAUGAUUUCUCACAUUAUGGGAGAAGAUAAAUUUAAAACAGGUUUAAAAAAUUAUCUUACUGCAAAGCAAUUCGAUGUAGCGACGUCCGAUGAUCUUUUUAAUGAAUUGACCAAAGUAGUUGAUGAAACGAUGAAACCAAACUUUUUGGCGGCUCUUAAAAAUUGGGCAACAACUCCUGGUUUUCCAGUUGUCACUGUUGUAAGAAAUUACACGACGAAAACUGCAACAAUAAUUCAAUCUCGAUUUUCGUUCAAUCAAACCGAAGUACCUCCGUCAUCGAAAUAUUAUGUUGCAAUAAAUUGUGCAACCCCGAAAGAUUUCAAUUUCAAUGACACAUCAUCUAUAACAUGGUUCAAAUCUGAUGAAAAUUCUACAGACAUUCCAGCAGCGGAUGAAAACGAAUGGCUAAUUUGCAACAAACAACAAUUUGGUUACUAUCGUGUAAAUUAUGAUGAGAAAAAUUGGAAUCUGAUCACCAAAUUGUUGGCAAUUAAUCAUACGGGAAUACAUGUUUUAAAUCGCGCACAACUUAUUGACGAUGCAUUUAAUCUUGCUCGAGCUGGUUAUAUUCAUUACAACAUAACAUUACCUCUUAUCGGAUAUCUUAAAGAAGAAGUAGAUUUUAUCCCGUGGUCUUCAGCAUGGAACGGUAUCUCGUAUCUAAAUAGAGUAUUAACCAAUACCGAACACUCUCAAGUUUUCAGAGAAUAUAUAACAGGAUUAACUGGAAAAUUGAUCGAAAGUGUUCAUUUUAAUGAAUCAUCCGAAGACUCGCACAUUACCAAAUUACAGCGAAUAAAACUAAUAGAAAAUACUUGUGCUAUGGGUUUGAAAUCGUGCUCAGAUUAUGCAUUAUCAAAAUUGAAUAUGUGGCUUAAUAAUUCUGAGACAAAUCCGCUAUCAGUGGAUCUGAAAAAGGUCAUCAUAUGCAGUGGAGUGCGCAGUGCUGAUAAAAAUACAUGGAAUAAAUUACUAUUAAAAUAUAAAGAAAAUUACAAUGAUGACGAUAUUUUGACAGGAUUAGGAUGUACAUCAGAUACUGUUAUUUUGAAAAUGUAUCUUGAAAUGGCUAUUAAUAGUUCCUUACCUGUUAUUAAUCGUGACACAAUAUUCAAAGCUGUCUACACAGGAAGUGAUGUAGGUGUAGAUGUAACUCUUGAUUUUCUUAAAGAAAAAAUACACUACUUCCUCGCCAGUGAGGCUGCAAGUGCUGCGACUGUUAAAUCUUACAUUACCGAUAUUGGAAGUAGAAUGACAAAUCAAAGUCAAAUUGAAAAGAUAAAAGAAAUCCGGACUCUAGACACAAGUUUACUUAAUGGUAUCAUAGACGAAGGUUUAAAAAGAGCUCAGAGUAAUGUUGAGUGGCUAAAGUCACGAUCUGGAGAACUCGAAAAAUUUUUCAAAAAAGAUCCAGUAACUCCUCCUACUAACGACCAUGAUUCUGGAGUCACAUUUACUGCAUCCUUACUUUUAACUACUGUUUUAUUUGCAUUAACUUUAUUACACUAAAAUAUUAUAUUUCUUAUUAUUCUCAUUUUUUAAUUUUAUAGUUGUUAUAAAUUAAUUUAUCGAUACUGUACGGAAAUUAUGAAUAUUCAAGAUAAUGUAAUAAUUCCGAAAUUUAGCUUUAUGCUUAAUAAAAAUUUUAAAAAUGAUCUGAAAAA